UCUGAUACCGGCAGGCUCCAUCCCUGAUACCUAGACCUAAAAUCUGUAUAUGGUCUACAACUUAAUGUGUAUAUAAGCAGGGAUCAGGGCUCGAGGAGCUGCAAGGAAAGUUCCCUGCUCCCCACUAACACCUCUUUAGAGAGUCAAGAACAUCCGAAAGCAACAAGAUGAGCAUGACCGAUAUCCUCUCCCCUAAGGACAUUGAAGCAGCUCUGUCCAGCUGCAAAGCCGCUGGCAGCUUCGACUACAAGGUCUUCUUCUCCAAGGUUGGCUUAUCUGGCAAGACCCCUGACCAGGUCAAGAAAGUUUUCAGUAUCCUGGACCAGGACAAAAGUGGCUAUAUAGAAGAGGAAGAACUUCAGAACUUCCUGCAGAACUUUGCCCCUGAUGCCCGAGCUCUGACACCUGAUGAGACCAAGAUUUUUCUCACAGCUGGAGAUUCUGAUGGUGACGGCAAAAUCGGAGUGGACGAAUUCCAAAGUAUGAUGAAGUCAUAAAUGGCAUUAGACCAAAAGGCAAGAUAUGGACUGACUUCGGGUUUUUCCUCCGGUUAGCACCUCCUCACACUUGGCACAUCUUGGUUCAUUUUUGUAUUUGUCAUAUGCCAUUCAUAAAAUGGCUCUAUGUUAAUUUCACAAAUGCAAUUCAAGAUCUUGCAAUGUACAGGUGUUUGGAUCAUGUGGUGUUGUGUCUUAAUAGGGACACGGCCAGCAGUGUGACUAUGACCAGUCACACUGUUGAUGCUGUAACUGGAAUAAGGGUAAAAGAAACAAUAAAAAAAAUCUGUGAAAGAAA